UCAAAUUCCACGAAAUUCCAAUUUCCAUCCCGCAUCCAAAUGUCGAAUCACGAGAGCACCAAUGACGACGUCGAGGCUCAGGGAACACAGUUGUCAAGAAUUCUUGUUACCAAGAAGGCAGUGGUAGCUGUUUAUGGUCUUGUUCUCUCUAUCGACCUGGUGUUGUCAGCGUUGCAAGAGCAACUGCCCAGUCCUCAUGCUUAUAAGCUGGGACGAUCUGUCCUCAUCGCUGUCUGGCUUAUCAACACCAUCAUCUCGUUCCUGCUCGGCAAGGAAUACCUCAAACAGAACGCCGGCAACAUCACAGUGACAUUCAUUGUGGUUGCUCUGUUUUUGAACACCGUUCUUUCAACAGUAAUUGACGGUGUUAGUAUUAUAAUGGCAGCUUUCCUUGCUGGGUAUGUGUGCCCUGAGAUGUUGAGAGGGCUCGCUGAACGGGCUGCAAUGAUUGGAACAUGAGCUACGGACAAGGUGUGAGAGCUUCACAUCAAUUCCCUAUGUUACACGCAUGCAUUUUUGACAGCCAUCUCUUCUUCUCUUGAGCUUCUCACAUAACGAAUAGCAUGAAUUACCACAUUCUAUAUAAGAAACUGUCUCUACGCCCCCCCA